AUGGAUUGCGAACAUCGCGUUAUAUUGAAUGUGGGUGGAAUACGACAUGAAACAUAUACUCAUGUACUUAAAAAAAUUCCAGCAACAAGACUAUCACGGCUAACACCAAAUUUAGCAAAUUAUGAUCCUGUAUUAAAUGAAUAUUUUUUUGAUCGUCAUCCUGGUGUUUUUUCAAUGAUUUUAAAUUAUUAUCGAACAGGUAAAUUACAUUAUCCAACAAAUGUUUGUGGUCCAUUAUUCGAGAAUGAAUUGGAAUUCUGGGGUUUAGAUGCAAAUCAAGUUGAACCCUGCUGCUGGAUGACAUAUACACAGCAUCGAGACACCCAAGAAACGUUGGCGGUUAUCGAAAGUUUAGACUUAGAUGCUGAUCCACCAACUCAAGAAGCAACGGCGAGAAAAUUUGGCUGGGAGGAUGAUUAUUACUCAGGCAAUUUAUCGAAAUGGCAACAGUUGAAGCCAAAAAUAUGGGCUCUAUUUGAUGAACCUUGGUCUUCGCAAUAUGCUAAGAUGAUUUCAUGCUCUUCUAUAUUUUUCAUUAUCCUCAGUGUCGUUUCAUUUGUUCUCAAAACACAUCCUGCAUUCCAGAUACCAUCAAUUACAGUAUCAUAUAAUACAAAAGUUGGCAGCGAUGAUAUCCAAUCGAUUGCUACAUUUAAGCAAUUUACCACUGCGCAUCCCGCAUUUUUCUGCAUUGAUCUCAUGUGCAAUAUAUAUUUUAGCGCUGAACUUAUAAUUCGUAUGAUAUUUGCGCCAUCGUUGCAACGAUUCAUUAAAUCACCAAUAACAAUUGUCGAUCUGUUAGCAACAGGAUUUUUUUAUUUUAAUUGGUUUAUGAUCUGUUUUAUAAGCGAUAAACUUAGCUCGGAUUCCAUCGAUUUCCUAUCUAUUUUAUAUGUUCUAAGAUUAUUCAAGCUCACUCAACAUUUCAGUGGUCUUAAAAUACUCACACAAACAUUUAAGGCAUCAGCACAAGAGUUGCUAUUAUUGGUAUUUUUUGUGUUAUUAGCGAUCGUAAUAUUUGCUGCACUUGUCUAUUAUGCUGAACGAAUCGGAAAUAAUCCACAAAAUCAAUUUACUUCAAUACCUGCCGGUUUGUGGUGGGCAAUUGUAACAAUGAGCACAAUUGGAUUCGGUGAUAUGGUACCUAAGACAUAUUUGGGUAUGUUAGUUGGUUCAUUAUGUGCACUAAUGGGUGUGUUAACUAUUGCAUUACCAGUGCCAGUUAUCGUUGCUAACUUUUCCAAUCUUUACUCUCAUUCGCAAGCUCGUGCAAAGUUACCAAAAAAAAGGAGGCAUGUUUUGCAAGCACGUGAAAUUGAAAGAUCGCUUAAAUUUCCUAAAUCAGUGAAGAAAUUACAGGAAGAAGAAAAUGAGGUAAUUUCGGUAAUAUCUAUAUUUUUUGUGAUCACGUCAAUAAUUUGUUUCUGUUUAAAGACACAUCCAAAUUUACGUGUUCCGGAUAUUGAUAUUGAACUCAAGAAUGAUUCUACUCAUAUAUUGUUUAUCAGGAAAACCGCUACAAGAGCACAUGUAGCUUUCUUUUACAUUGAAGUUAUCAGUAAUGUAUGGUUUACAAUGGAAUUGUUCAUUCGUUUUCUAUUUUGCCCGAAAAUAGCGAAGUUUGCUCGACAGCCAGUCAAUGUUAUCGACUUAAUAGCGACAUUGUCAUUUUACGUUGACUGGGCGUUGGAUCGAGUAGUAACCGGUGCUAAUCGUGAUACUGUUGAAUUCCUUUCCAUUGUUCGAAUUUUACGAUUGUUCAAAUUGACGCAGCAUUCCUCGGGAUUGAAAAUUCUAAUUCAAACAUUUAAGGCUUCUGCACAAGAAUUACUGCUAUUGGUAUUUUUUGUGCUACUUGGCAUAGUAAUAUUUGCUGCAUUGGUUUAUUAUGCGGAACGAGUAGAAACGAAUCCCGGCAAUCAAUUUCACUCUAUUCCCGUCGGAUUGUGGUGGGCAAUCAUUACUAUGUGCACAAUUGGCUUUGGAGAUAUGGUACCAAAAACAUAUUUGGGUAUGUUGGUCGGUUCGAUUUGCGCAUUAAUGGGAGUGCUAACAAUUGCACUUCCAGUUCCGGUUAUUGUUUCCAAUUUUGCAAUGUUUUAUUCACAUGCCCAAGCACGGUCGAAAUUACCGAAAAAACGACGCCGUAUUUUACAACCAUAUGAAAUUAAACCAAUGGUUGGAAAAUUAGCAGGUAUAGGACUUUUCAAUGAUUUGGCACAUAAAAACGUCCCACCGGUUCAUUCAUCAAAUGUAUUGGAAGCUUUAACGGCAGCAACUCCAGUAUUGAUGUAUCAAUCGGGACAUCGUUAA